CAAAACCAUCGAAGACUCUGUCGAGCUCGAUCGUCUACUUUCCGAGAUGUCUCUUUCUUACUGGGACUAUCUCACCCUUCUUCUUCUUCGUCCUCUCCUCGCUAUCGCACUCGUCGUCUUGUUCAUUGCUUCCGGUUGGUAUUUGGCUUGGAAGCUGGUAUUGGUUCAUGUUCCUCUUGUUCAAGAGAUUUUCGGUUUGAAAAAGAAGACCGUCGUGCCCAAACCCGAAACUCGCGGUCGAUUUUCUAAGUUUUACAGUACAUUGGAAACACAGAAUUCAGCUUCUAAAUGGUAAGCUUUACUUCAAAGUUUAAUGCUUUUGUUUUGGGUUUUAAAUUUUUGCUCUGAGAUAAGUAACCAAACCCAAAUUGCUCAAGUCUAGAAAUUGGUGUUAUUGAACUCCUAGUUUGUAGCUAGAGUUUCUUUAUUUGUUCCAUUCCAUUGAAAGACAAAAAUAGAGUUGAGCUGGUUUGUUCUACUACUUAGUGGGGAGUUGCAUAUAUGGAUUUGGAAUAGUCUAGGUCAUGUGUUCUUGAUUUGCAUACUUUUGUGGAGUUAGUUUCCCACUGUAUAAUUUUCAAAACUUUCAGUAUGAAAUUGAGAUUCUCUACAAACAUUAAGAACAUUAAGAAGAAGAUUGUUUUAGGAGUUA